UUUAAAGCAGUGGUAAACAGUGCACGCAGCUCCACCAAGUCUACAGAGUAGUUUCUGUCACGAGCUCCGCGCGGUGCUCCGGUGCGACCAGGAUGGAGCCCGAGCCGCGUGCGCGCUUCGAGCCUCCGGAAUAAAAAGUCUCGGGAUCCCGCGGGUGGAAAAACAACAUUUUAAAAAUUCUUUUAUUCUGAACUUCUAAACUUUCCGGUGGGAUUUUAUACUUCGAGCGCGCGCUGGUGGGAAAAAAAAGAAAAAGAAAAGAAUAAGAUUAAAAACAUGCCCUUCGCCAAGCGGACGGUGGAGCCGCAGCGGCUGUGCAGGAGCGCGGAUCCGGGAGAGGACGGCUCUGCGCCGCCGCUGAUGGAUGACCUGUGCGCGGUCAGUAAUGCCGCUCUGUCCCGCACCGUGCGCCAGCUGUCGGACGUGGCUCGGCACGCGGGCUCGCUAUUUCACGAGCUGGAGCGCGAGCUGGCGUCUACCGACCGGCGGCUGCGGGAUCUGCGGGAGAAAGUGCGCCGCAUGGAGAGGAGCACCGAGGAGCUGGACCCCAAACAGGAGGCAGUGCCUGUAUCGAGUUUGGAUGUUGAGGUUAAACUCAGUGAACAUUUCCAGUCUGCUUGGCAGCUGCACAGAAACGUCUUCGUCCCGUCGAGUCGGCCGCCGUGUGUCGAGGAGCUUCACCACAACGCCAAACAGAGCCUGAGAGCGCUACACCGAGAUCAGCAGCAGAGACAGGAAGUCAGUGAACGAGAGCGGAGGGUGACCCUCUUGAUAGCCCCGCCCACACCCACUUCCCCCUCCCACCACACACUCCACACGUUUGAAAGCAUCCGAUCCUCUUCCCCUACUGAAUGUUGUCACUUCUCUCGUCGGAUCAGACAGGUGGAUACCGACCCUGAUUCCGUGUCUUUAGGCCACCGAUCCAGGUUUCCUAUUCCCAACGUUCCCUCCCCGCUGGACACACAGACCAACUGGAGUGUGGCUCUUCCGUUACCUACUCCCGAGGACAGGAUGAAGAGCCAAUCUCAGGCCAUUGUGUCCUGCGUGGUGCCCAUCGAUGUCACGGGGGCCGGGUUCGACAGAGAUGCCAGUGUUCGCUGCUCGCUAGCCUACUCGCAGUCAGUGCUACAGAGGAGACGGAAGCUGAGAAGACGGAAAACUAUCACGGGCAUUCCCAGACAAGUGCAGCAAGACUUAGACUCAGACGAGUCUCCCGUGGCUAGUGAGCAGGCCGUAAUAGUGCACUCCAGACCUGAAGCUUGCCAAGAAGACCUCACGCUCACUCGUCUCAGCACCAGAGACUCUGGCUGCCAGACGGAAGACUUCCUGGUUGCUGUUGCGGCACCAUCUCGUAGACGGACCAGAGCUCAGAGGGGCCAGAGCGCGACUUUUCCGCUUUCCCAUUCCACAGGAAACAUACCGUCCCUGCCAGACAGUUCGGAUACAAUGUUUACCACCUCCAUCGGCUCCCAUUUGCGCUCGCAUAGCCUUCCUCGAGAAGGCGUCCGAUUACUCGACGAAGUCCGAAUCAACAGUGAUAAUGAUGACGGCGAAGAAGAUGGAGAUCUUUCGGCAUUCGAAGGAGAGGAAUUCCUUCCAUUACCAGGAGAGAACAUGCUAAAAGAUGAAGAGGAGAGCACUGAUGACCAGGUACAGCCAGAGAGGCAGCUAGGUAGCUUCAACCAGCAUCCUGAGAGCCCAGAGCACGUGUGGAAGCAGAGAGGUCGGUCUCGUCUGCCUUGUAAAACUGAUGAGAUCUCGUCAAGUUCUGACACAUUCAGCAGCCCUAUUCGCUCCAAUGCUGGAGUUCUGGCCAGCCAGAUGGACCACAAGGAGGACCACCAGUCUUCCAGUGGAAACUGGAGCGGCAGCAGUUCCACGUGCCCUUCGCAGACAUCAGAGACGAUUCCUCCGGCUGCCUCACCGCCACUGACACACUGUGACUCAGAGCUGUCUCUAAACACAGCUCUUAACAUCACCGAAGACUCUGCUGAGCCAUACUCUGGAGAUGGGCUGCAAGGUCUGCGAGGUCACCGAACAGGAUCAUUUGCUUCCACUGCAAUUGACAUGCUUGAUGACGCUGGAGUCAGCACACCAAGCGAAGCCGACUGGAGCUAUCCUCAACACAGGUCCUGCAACAAGGACUACAGCCCUGAAAGCUCUAGGGAAGGGGAGGGCAGCCUAGAGUGCCCCAGCUUUGUUAGUAUAGCCACAAUCGAGAGCUUAGAUAAGCCUCCCUCUGACAAGGCAGACACUAUGUCGCACUUCUCUGUGGAUGCCGAGGGCUACUAUACCUCCAUGCACUUUGACUGUGGUCUUAAAGGUAGUAAAAGCUUCACAUACAACUAUGCAUCUGUUGACCAGCAAAAGGAAGAGUACAGAGGUCCUGCAUCAAAUGGGAGACGCAGUCUUUCUCUAAGGAAGCCAAAGGUGAAGCCAUCACCACCAGAACGUUGCUCAUCGUUAAAGAAAAUUAGCAGCCAAGCUGGAUUAGCUCCUGAAACGAGUGAACCAAAGAUAUUGAAUGAGCAGAAAUUACUGAUGUCUUCCAAGGAAAGGAAUUCACCAUUGGCAUCAAGUGACCCUUCUGACCAGCCAGAGGACGAGGAGUUGGUGGAGGCCUGGGGCGGACAGAUUGCUAAUCAGAUUCCAGAUGUGGCUUUGCUUGGUUCCGCAGACAGACUGUCCUUAAAGAAUGAGGAAGCUGUCCAGUCUGUUUACGCAGACCUCUGGCUUGUGAAUGACUUGAAAUCCAACGAUAAUUACAGAUCUUUGUCAAACUCCAGCACUGCUACAGGGACAACGGUCAUCGAAUGCAUGAAGUCACAUGAGAGUUUCGAGUCGCAUUCUGGCUCAAGGGCUUCCACUCCUUUACUGCCAUCUGUGGAAGCUGAAUUUCGACUGCCCUCUCCAGAGAAGUUGCUGAAUCUAGCAUCCCCUUCCAGUGGCUAUUCAAGCCAGUCCGAGACGCCAACAUCUUCAUCUGCUUUUUUUCCAAACCCCAAUCCUUUGUCCCCUAUUGGUGGAAAGAGGAAACCAAAAGUCCCAGAAAGGAAGUCCUCCCUCACUUCAAUGCAGAAGCGCACAUCCAAAAAGGACCUUGAACUACCCAUUAUACCCCCCACCCAUCUCGACCUAAGUGCCCUUCACAAUGGCAAGAAGGCUUUAUCCCACAGAAACCACAUGCAUAUCCUUAACAAGAGCAAACACAAAGUGGCUGUGGCCACGACUGAAAGUGUUGAACCUGGCAGCAACAGUCCUUUGGAAAUCACCCCCAUGAUGCUUCAUUCUGUCCAGCUACGUUCAGUAAGCAAAUCUGGUGAAGAAAACCAUGAUCCGCCUUGCACAGAUGCUUCCACUAGACCCAAGAGACCCACUGUAAGCAACCUCAACGAGACCAGGAAGCCUCCACCUUAUAGAUCUCUCACCAAUGAAUCCCUCUCUCAAGAUAACUGUGAAUCCAUGUUUACUCCUACAGAUGGACCAGAGUUUGGAAGUCUCCCCAGGAUUUCCUUUACGAAAAACAGAUUUGACAGGAUAGCCCCGUCACCUCUUUGGAGCACGACUGCUUUCAGCACAACUUCCGAGCAAGUGAGGCUAGAUGACAUGACGGCAGACGUAUCAGAGAGUCAAAAGGUUCCUGCUGAACCAGAGGGACUCUUCCCUCAGAGCAGUAUGGAAACGGAGAAGGACCAGGAAGCGAGGCUUGGGCCAACAGACGAAAACCCGAAAACAGAAUCGCCAUCUGGUCAUGAUGGUACACUCUGUACGAGAUCAGAGAAAUUUGAACAAGUGCCUGAUUUAAUCCUUCACUCGUCGCUGGAAUCAUCAGAAAUGGAUCCAAUUAGCGAUGCCAGCAAUCACAGAGAGGAAUCACUAUCAUCAGGUGGUCCAACCAGAAGUGCCUCACAAGAGACCAUGGGGGAAGUAUCUACACCUGAUACAGAGGAUUACUUCAGCAAAGAAUCCACACCUAGCGAACCGGUAGUAUCCCCUUUGACGGAUGAAUCAAUGACUGAGGAUGACAGCGUUUUCCUUUCCCCUACCAAUGCUCGUACAACUGAGGAUCUCUUCGCCAUGAUUCACAGAUCAAAAAGGAAAGUCCUUGGCCGAAAGGACUCGAAAGGAGACACGGCCGUUCGGAGUUCCUUGGGUGCUACUUUUGCCUCACCUGCCACCUCCCCAAGCACUCCUGUUACACCAACAUGUUCCCAACGAGCACCAAGCCAAAUAUACAGGAGUGUCAAAAAGUCCAACACCUCCAACGAGGAAUUCAAACAGCUUCUUCUUAAAAGGGGAAGUCGCUCUGAUUCGAGCUUUCGUAUAUCGGCUACCGAGAUCCUGAAAAGUCCCGUCGCAUCGAGAACUUUCUGCGACCCCCUCUCGGAAGGUGCAAAGCAUCCUGAAGGCUUUCCUUCGCCAUUCCAGCCUCAGUCUCCAGAGAAAACACCUGAGGUUCUUCAUAGCCCCUACCCGAAAGCCAAUGUUGAGGGGUUCUCCACAAAAGUUUUUAGUUCUUCCAGACAAGGUCGUUCAAGGUUACCACCAGCUGCAAACAGCAGUCGUUACAGCACACGUAGCCGGCUAUACACGACACCCAUGCAGGCGAUUUCUGAAGGGGAAACGGAAAACUCAGAUGGAAGUCCACAUGAUGACCGUUCCUCUUAAACGAAGAAUGCACCUUUACCAGGUGUUUAUAAAAAAGAAAACACAAAAUCAAAACUACUAAAGCUGGUUGUUGUUGUUGUUGUUAAAUUGAUUGAAGCGAUUUUAAACCUGUGCUGAGUUACUGCCCUUUUGUAGCCCAGAGGAAAAAAAAAAUGUUUACAACUUAUGAAAUUGACUAGGUAUAUGCAGCACCGUUUGCUAUACCAUUAGCAUUAUGCGGAGAAGCUAAUUUUAAAAAUGUUCUUAUUGAAUUUUAUAUGGGCAUUAACUGUGAAAUGAUAGAGAAACGUAGGACAAUCAGAUAGUGGCCUUUUACACUGUUGUAGCAAUGAGUUGAUUAGCCAGAGUCGACGUGUCAGAACAUCGAUCUGGCUUUAGCUAGAAAUGACCCUUAUUUGGCAAAAACAUUUCGCAGGUUUAUUCCUGCUACCCAUUUGCACUUCUUUGACAUUGUAAUUUUAAAUAAAUAAAUAUGCAAAUAUCUUAAGUAAUGAUACAAGAUUAAUCCCAUCAAAAAAGUUGAUCUCUACUUAUAAUGUAGAUCUCUGACAUAAUUGGUACCUGUACCUCGGCCAAUAUCACAAAAAUUCUGGGUAGAUUGUUUAGAUGUGUGUUCCUAUGAGUGUGUUUAUCAUGUUAAGUUCCGUGUAAGCAAUACACCAUUUCUAACGUUGAAACAAACGCGUGCUUAUAAACAAAAUGGCUUCGAAAAGUGGUCCGAAUAUAUUAAACCCACAAACAUGUGCUUCUUAGAAAUUUUUCAGAAUGUCUUCAGAGCUUAACAGAUGCAUUAUGCCGUAUUAAGUUGACUCGUUUUUGCAAAUUCUUUGAUGAUGCGUAUGCCAGGAUCUUUAAUCGGUUCAUCACUAAGAAUUAAUCUUUGGCCCUCAGGGAACGGAAGUGAAAAGAAAAGCAAACUGAGGUGUAAAAAGGUUUAAAUGAAGUGCAGAGGGUUUUGGUUUAAGUCAGGCUUUAAAGGAUUGUGCUGAGAUUUGUGGUGUGUGUCUGAAAACACAGGCGUCUGUAAUGGAAGAGUGACUUGAGACGGGAAGGAAGAACGAUUUAGACGUAGCUAGAGAUAAUUAAAAAAAAGAAGAAGAAAAAGCUAGAACCAAGACGUACAGAUCAAGAAGUGAUGUCGUGUGUGUGAGAGAAAGAGCAAGUCUUUUAGAGUAGGUUUUUUCUUUUUUUUUUUUUAGAAACUUUUAGACAGUUUAUAGAAACGUGAUUACUAAGAUUUGAGGUUUUGUUAACGAGAGGCCUGAAGAGCAACUCUGAAGCAUUCGCUAAAUUUUAUUUUAUUUUUUCAUAAACAAAACUGAUGACUUAUCUCCAUCCUUUAUUUUCGGUACUAAUCCUUCGAAAAGAUCCCAGUGUGUGAAGCGUUUAAGACGUUAGAUUGAAGACGUUUUACUGAUGAAUUUGUCUUAACAUUUACGCCCUUUUUGUCAUCAGAUGAUUUAAGCUCUGCUGAAAAAAACGACACUGGUCUGAAAGACACCUUGAACCACUUUAAUGUCAUAACGAUAAGCUAACAUGUCCUAUUAGCUGCCAAACCCUGAUGGUUGGAGCACUGAAAAGUCCAAAAUAUCUCAUUUUCCCAAGUUACCUGAUGCUCUGUUUUCAUCAUUGUGUUUUUAGCUUAUAAAGUUAAAGCGGAACACGACGUCGUAAACGACUCCCUGUGUAAAAGCUAUUACGCCACAGCGCAGCUGAAUUCUGGAUUCUGAUUGGUCAGGUGUUGAUUAACUGCAAAUCACAGGUGUAUAUUAAUGCACUAGUUCUAGUUCUGAACAGACAACUUAAAAAAACAUUCAUACGGUGACGUUUUCUGUAAGGAGACGUUUGUGUAACAUGUAAGGAAGGAGUCUCCAGUGUCAGCGCUUUGUAACAGGACGUUUAGCGGUAACAUGAAAACCUGCGUAUUUUUAACUUUUUUUUUUUUUUUAGAAAAAAGUCAUCCUGGUGAGGGGACGAUUAUUUCUAGCUGCUAUGGUUUCACGGACAUUAAGUGUAACUAGAAACAGAUAAAAGUACAAAAGCCUUAAUUAAGACCCUAUAUAUCCAGUAGGGAGCUGUUUAGGAUUCUGUGUUGUUUCCACAACGCUUUAGCUGUGUAAAGUGAAACGCUGGAAGUUUGCUAAAUCUAAUAACAAAGCUAAUAAUUACGCCACGAGACACGAUUUCAUCGUCGGAUUACACCGAGAGUGCAAAAACGCAGAGGAAAACAUUCAUUCCAACAUCCGAAACUGUGUUAUUGCACUGAUACAGAUAUGAAGUUUUGUCUUUUGCUGUAGUAAAACUAUUUAUACUGAAAAUAAUUAAUAAAUAGAUCAUCUGAGUUUAUAAACCGAGCUUCCUUGAAAGGCUGCGACACUCAGACGAGUCGUAACAGUGCACGUAACACACAUUUCUGUAGACGAGAACACCAGCACUCGCACGGCGUUAAUUCUGAUAGUGUGUGUGUAUGUGUGUAUGUGUGUGUGUGUGUGUGUGUGUGUGUGUGUUUUGGUACGAGCCACGCCUCACUCUGACCGAAAGCUUUGAACAACCAGUAAGCAUCACUUUUGUAAGUUUUGUACAGAUUUGUGUAUAUAUGAGACUUUUUUUUUCUUCCAAAUAUUACUUUUUGUAAAAAACAAAAAAAAAAGAUUGUUUUCAGAGUUUACAUGAAUUCCAAGCUUUUGUAGAUUUUGUAUUUUUUUUGGAGCUGUUUUGAGUCUUGUAUUUAUUUUUAGGAAACUUCGUGGAAAUUAUGCCCUUAAGCUGUGCAGCAGUGUGAUGAGCUGCUGUGAGUGUGUGUGUGUGAGUGUGUGUGUGAGUGUGUGUACAGAGAACACCAAUAAAUGUGACUGCUUCAAACAA